AUGGGCUCCCGGUUGCAUGUUCGGGACAUCAAAAGCGGUUCCCCGCUUCCCUAUACAGAUGAUAUCAGGGCUUACAAGAAGGAGUAUGCCGAAGCUCUUGAUGCUCAAGAUCCACUUCGGAAUUUCCGGAAUGAGUUUAUCAUUCCAUCCAAGAAUGAUCUCAAGCGGAAGACUCUGACAGGAGACGAGAGCAAUGAAGCAUCUGACGAAAAAUGCAUCUACUUCUGUGGUAACUCACUGGGAGCCCAGCCUCGUAGCACACAGAAAUAUAUCGAGCAGUACCUACGAACUUGGGCAACGAAAGGCGUGACCGGGCACUUUGUGCCGCAUGACGAUCAAUUGCUACCUCCUUUUGUCGAUGUUGACACCGCAGCCUCCAAGCUGAUGGCCUCAGUUGUGGGUGCUUCCCAAAGUGAAGUCGCUGUUAUGGGCACCUUGACUGCCAAUUUGCACCUACUAAUGGCAAGCUUCUAUCGCCCAACCAAAGAGAAGUACAAGAUUAUCCUAGAGGGCAAGGCUUUUCCCAGUGAUCAUUAUGCGGUUGAGUCUCAGCUUCGCCAUCAUAACUUCGACCCAAAGGACGGCAUGGUUUUGAUCGAGCCCAAGGAUCUAGAUCAGCCUACCUUGAGCACGGAACAAAUCAUCAAAGUUAUUGAUGACAACGCUUCCAGCACCGCACUCGUGCUCCUGUCGGCUAUUCAGUUCUACACAGGGCAGUACUUUGAUAUUGAACGGAUCACGGCUCACGCUCACUCUAAGGGCAUUUUGAUCGGCUGGGACUGCGCUCAUGCCGCUGGCAAUGUGGAUUUGCGACUUCACGAUUGGAAUGUGGAUUUUGCAGCCUGGUGCAAUUACAAGUACCUCAACAGCGGACCGGGUGGAAUAGGAGGACUAUUUGUCCACGAGCGUCACGGCUCUGUAGAUGAAAAACAACCCGAAAAUGACGAGACAUUCCGUCCUCGACUCUCAGGCUGGUGGGGUGGAGAUAUCAAAACGCGUUUCAACAUGGAAAACAAAUUUCUGCCACAACCCGGUGCAGCUGGAUUCCAACUGUCGAAUCCCUCUGUUUUGGACAUCAAUGCGGUUGUCGCAUCUCUCGAAAUCUUCAACCGGACAACAAUGCAGGAAAUUCGACAGAAAUCCCUCAAUCUCACAGGAUAUCUGGAACAUCUUCUAAUGAAGUAUCCUCUAGACGCGGCCCCUGAAGAUAAACCAUUCACCCUCAUCACGCCACCGAACCCAGCCGAGCGAGGUGCUCAGCUCAGCUUACGUCUCCAGCCAGGGUUGCUAGAUCAUGUUUUGCAUUGUCUGGAGGAAAAUGGUGUUGUUAUUGACGAGAGGAAACCAGAUGUGAUGGAGAAGGAAACACUAUCUGUUCCACCAGAAUCCGGUCAAGAUGUGAAUGUGAGGAGUGGCGGGAAUCUUGCUGAUGUUGACUAUUCAGUCUUCACGGUCAGUCAGCGCAGGUAUAUUGUCUUCAUGGCCUCGUGGGCUGGGUUCUUCUCGCCUGUCUCUUCUCAGAUCUACUUCCCCGCAUUGAAUACCUUGGCAAAGGAUCUACAUGUAUCGAAUUCAUUGAUCAAUCUGACUUUGACGAGUUAUAUGAUUUUUCAAGGACUGUCGCCCAUGUUCAUUGGUGACUUUGCGGACAAAGUUGGCCGACGACCAGCAUAUAUAUUGUGCUUCACCAUCUAUAUUGCAGCCAAUAUCGGACUUGCCGUCCAAAACAAUUAUGUAGCUCUUUUCGUUCUCCGGUGCUUGCAAAGUGCAGGAAGCAGCACCACCAUUGCCCUCUCAUCGGGAGUGGUCUCCGAUGUAGCCACUGCAUCACAACGAGGUUCCUACAUGGGGUUCGUCACGGCAGGAUCUCUCAUGGGCCCUUCGGUCGGACCAGUAAUUGGAGGUCUAUUGUCUCAAUAUUUGGGCUGGCGGGCGAUCUUCUGGUUUCUAACCAUUUUCGCAGCGGCUUUCAUGGUUCCGUUUCUGGUUUCCUUCCCGGAAACUGCUCGUGGGAUUGUCGGCGAUGGCUCACUGCCUCCUCAAAAAUGGAAUAUGUCCCUGAUCAGCUACUUGAAGUCCCGAAAGGCUCGCGAGGAAGGCGCCAUAUCCACGGCGAUUGCAUCCAAGCAGAAACUCAAGUUCCCCAAUCCUUUCCAGACGCUUGCCAUUGUAUUCCAGAAGGAUACCGGUCUCAUCCUCUUCUGCAAUGCUAUUCUUUUUGCUGGAUUUUAUGACGUGAGCGCAAGCAUCCCUUCUAUCUUCAAUGAGCUCUACGGGCUAGACGACCUCCAGGUCGGUCUCUGCUAUAUUCCGUUUGGUCUCGGUGCGACCAUCGCUUCCAUUGUCAAUGGCAAAUUUCUAGACUUCAACUAUCGCCGACUCGCAAAGCAAUUGAACUUCCCACUAACCAAGAACCGCGAAACUGACUUGCGAAACUUCCCUAUUGAAAAAGCUCGUCUUCAGCUGGCAUUCCCUCUUCUCGCAUUUGGAAGCAUCUCUGUCCUUGUGUUUGGGUGGUUCUUGAACUAUGGAAUUCAUCUCGCUGCGCCAACAUGUAUCCUGUUCCUCAUGGGAUUGACCUUGACAGGGGCAUUCAAUACCAUCAGCACACUCCUGGUAGACUUAUAUCCAACACAGGCGGCCAAGGCCACUGCUGCCAAUAAUUUCGGGCGUUGCUUACUGGGAGCCGGCGCAACAGCACUCAUCGAUCCUAUGCUUUCUACCAUGGGCCGGGGCUGGUGUUUCACAUUCAUCGCGUUGGUGAUGAUGGCCACGAUGCCACUGCUUUUGAUCGUGAUUCGAAAGGGGCCAGAGUGGCGUGAAGAGCGUCGUCUGAAAGAGGAAGCUAAGAACACUAGGGACGAGAAUGCUUCAAGUUAG